AUGGACAUAGAAAAUCUACAAUCGUCAAACAACAGGUCCACGGCAAGUCGUCCUCCGGACGGCUUUCACGCCUUUCUACAGACAGCUUUUUCAGCUUUAUUGGCGUUUGUCCUUUCUCUACGCAUAAUUGUGUUCGCCACGGCCCGGAAACGACUCACCACGACGGCGGCGAAUCCGGAUAUUCAGGUUGAGGAGGCAUCGUCUUCCUCUUCCGAUACCAGCUCCGACACAGAAGUUGUCGAGGAAGGCGUUUUUGUUCAGAUACAAGGGGAACCAACCAUGUCAGAAAGAAAACCAACACAAGGAAUGCCGUCAGUCAUGUCGUUGCUACAAACUGACGAAAUUUUGUCCUCGUGCUCAGAUGAUGAACCAACAACAUCUGGACUGAUUCCAUUGCCAUCCCUCAUUCAAUCAAACAUGAGUGUCUUGCCAAACUUUCUUCACACUAUUAACGAGGAAGAAUCUGACGAGAUCCGUUCUCUCACAGGAAGUAGCUUAGCAUCGCCCAGAACAGUUGUAGAUCGUCGUUUAUCCAACAUUUCACUUCUCAGUCCGACCCCUGACGAGGAUUUUGGACAAGACCCACAACAACAAGAAGAGGUGCGCGGUGACAGUCGAACCAGCUUAGAAGAAGAAAGAAUAGUGGUUGGCGAGCCACGGACUACGCGUCAAAUCGAGAUCACACAGUCUGCUUCGGAAGACGAUCGACUCGAUUUGUUGAAGGAGCUCGUCAAAAUUGGAAAAUCAAAUACUUCUACUAGCCAGAUGAAUACAACAACAACACUGGAGAAGGCAGAGGAGAUCAUUGAUGCCACUGGACCAAGUGAGGUUGUCGAGAAGAAAGAAACAACUGUGAUUGUCACUGAAGCCAAGGAUGAAGAUGCAGGUGAUAAGAAAGAUGUGGAGGAGCCAGAUUAUGCUCAAGUUCCAGCGGAAUCGGAAGACGAGAGGGUUCCGUCUCCAACAGCGCCAAUUGCGCCAACAGCCCCUCUAGCAGAUCCAUUGGAAAUCAUUCAAGUUGUUCAAGAGCUAAUCGAAGAGCCCCAAAAAGCGGAGUUGGUUACUAUUCCAAUGUCACACAGUGAAGCGGAAGAUCAUAAGCUCGCCGACGCCGAUCGUGACCAAGAGGAAGAACUGGUUUUCAACGAGGAGCGCCGCAAAACAGUGACCAUGGACGACAAUUUAUCACUCCGCUCCGCUUCCAUCACUUUCGACGCUAACCGAGACGAGCAAGAUUUGCUAAACGAGUCGUUUGCCUCUAAUCCAACUGAUGAAACUGUGUUGAUGCAAAAAACCAAGGACGAAAUGGAUACAACGAGUGGUCGACCAAUAUCACCAUUAGACCUUCCACCUCCACCAACAUCGGUUAUUCUCCAUCCAUCGGCUCCUCCACCGCCACCACCUCCAUUGAGUUCCACUGAAGUUAUUGGGAACACAACAACUACCACUACCACACAUUACAUACCAAAGGCUUGGAACGAUCCUUCGGUGACUACUGCUCCGAAGAUUCCAGUCUCAUCGUUGUCCGGAGCUCAACCACUUCCAAGUAUUCUUUCACAGAAAACUACAACUUCGUCUUACACUGCUCCAUCCUACGCAGCUUCUUCAAUGAGUGGUGUUCCAAGUGAUCUUGCGCCGCCUCCACCACCACCGAUCCCAAUUCAGUCAUCGUCAACGGCAGUCAGCUAUCAACAGCAUCACACCUCUUCCAUUCCAAAAUCGAUCAGCUCAUCCCGUGAAGAUCUACUCUCCGAACACGCGACGUCUCGUUCCACUGUUCGCGAGAUUCCGGUGCACCGUGCACCAUCGACGGCACCAUCGCACAGCAGUGUUUUCGACUAUCGUAUGAUGCCAACCACGACUACCACUUAUCAUCAUGUCGAGACGCCAUCGGACGAAUACUACCGACGAGAAGUCAUGACGAGAACAAUUAUUACAAGAAGCACAGAGGCUUUGUCACAGACACCUCUUGGAAGACCAACAUCACCAUUGGAAAGAUAUCUUCCGUAUACCACAACGACCACCAGCGGUGACGGCAGAACUCGUGAAGAGAAGACUGUUGAUUAUAAGGUCACCUAUCAUCGUGAUAUUGAGGAAGAGGAGAGACGUAUCAGAGAGGACCAGACUCGCCGUCAACAAGAAGAAUUGGAUCGUCGUGCACGCGAAGAGGAAGCUCGUAGACUUUUGGAACAGAGAACUCGUGAAGAAAUGCAACGUCUCCGUGAGCAUCAGAGUCUAUCGGAAAGAGCUCUUGCUGAGAGAGAACGUGCCGAUAAGGACCGCCUUGAGAAGGAACGUCUGCAACGUCAACAGCAAGAAAUGCUAAGACGCGAUGAAUGGGAACGUCUUGAGAAUCAACGUCUGUCAGCAGAAGAAGCAGACCUUGCACGUCGUCGUGCUCUUGAAAAGGAGAGACUUGAACGUGAGAAGGCAGAACAAGAAAGAAAAACAAUGGAACGCCUUCAAAGAGAGAAAGAGCGUUUGGAGAAAGAACGUCUCGAAGCAGAACGUCGUGAGAAGGAAAGACUCGAGAAGGAGAGAAUCGAGCGGGAGAGAAUCGAGCGUGAACGAAUCGAGAUCGAGCGUAUCGAGAGAAUCAAAAAAGAGAGAAUCGAACGAGAACGCCGUGAACGCGAGAAGGCAAAAGAAGAGGAGGACCGUCUUUUGGCAGAACGUUUGGAGUUGGAGAGAAUUGAGCGCGAACGUCGCGAGCUGGAACUUCGAGAGCGUCAGGAACUUGAGAUUCAACGUCGUGAAGCUGAAGAUCGUGAACGUCAACGUCUCGAAGACGAAGCUCGUGAGAUGCGCCGUCGUGAGGAUGAACGUCGUGAAGCCGAAUUGGUAGCAGAUGUUCAGAGACAAGCACAGGAACGUGAGCUACUCCGUAGACGUCAAGAACGUGAGGAGCAAGAGCGUUUGGAGAGAAUUCGUCUCGAACAACAGAGAAUUGAUAUGGAGAGAGCAGAUGCUGAUAGAAGAGAGCGUGAAAGAAAAGAGGAGGAACGCCGUGAAAUCGAGCUCAUUGAGGCUGCCAAAAGAAAGAAGGAAGCUCGUGAGCGUGAUCGUCUUGAUGAGUUGGAACGUGAGCGUCUCCGUGAAGAAGAAGAGCGUCGUGAAAGAGAGAGAAGAGAACAAGAGCGCCGUAAUGCUGCUGAAAGAGAGCGCAAGAGAAGACAAGAAGAAGAGGAGGAAAUCGCUCGUCUCAAUGAUCUGCAAAGAGCCGCGGCUGCUCGCCAAGCACAACGUAAUGCUGAAAACCAGCGUCAACUUGAGCGCGAUGAGCUGGAUCGCAGAGCUCGUGAGCUUUCCGAAUUGGAGAUGCGUGAGAAGGAUCGUCGUGAUCGUGAGCGUGCCACCGAAGAAGCUCAACUCGCCGAUCUCCGUGAUCGUGAACGUCGUAACCAACAAAUCCGCGAAAACGAGCGUAAAGAAGCAGCUGAACGUGAGGCCAACCGCCGUCUCGAUGACAGAAGAUCUCGUGAUAAAUUGGAUUUCUUGGUUCGCGAGAGAUCCGAGAAGGAGAAGUUUGAAUCUGAGAAGAGACGACUCCUGGCAGAGAAGGAGGCCAUGAAUAAAAAGAAGCAUCAUCUCUUGAGCAGUGAGACCCUUGCCAAGCUCACUCAGCCAAUGUAUUAUACUACAACUCGCGAGCCAGAGGUUACCACGAAAGUCGAGAGACAAGUCAUCGAGCGUGUUGACCGUAAUAUCUGGGUGGAAGACGUGCCAUAUCCAUCAAGUCAAAGUGCCAUUGGAUAUUUGGAUAAUGAUGAGAAUGUUAGAGAUCGUAUGUACAAUCCAAAUGAUUUGAACAGAAAUGGAUCCAGAGGAAGCCGUUACACUCGUGCCAAGAAUGACAAGCUUCGCCGUGACUUCUACAGUUCAUCACAGGACUCCGCAGAUCCAGUAUCGGAACGUUUCCGCAAGUCAACCGAUGACCUCACCGCUCGCUCGCGUCCAGAAUACAGAGGACCACUUCUUCAGAAGUUCCAUGAAUCAGAAUUCAGAACCACUGCAUUGAAUGAGACCGACGGUCUACCAUACCGUAGAAUGGGGCCAAGUCCAUAUGAACAGCCGUUCGCAAAACUGCUGGAAGAGACCGAGAGACGCUACGCUCAGUACAAUAGUCGUGCCAGCAAUCCGUCCAUUUAUUCGAGCCGUAUUUAUUAUCAGGAUAGGCAUGGACAGCCAAAGCACACUGAAGUGAACACUCGCGCAGAGUCAGUUGUAGCCUAUGAACGUGAUAGUCGUCGUGAAUCUCCAGCAGAUCAAGCUCACAUAAGAAGUCGUUCAGCAGAUUAUCUCAUGGAUCGCAGAAUUCGCGAAGAAACUGAAGUCCCAGAGAACCAACUCCAGAAGACUCGUGCCGAUCCACUCGACCAGUCUCCACGGGAAUCGCGCAUCUCGGAAUAUGAAAUGAGAUUCCGUAAAUCCACUGAAAAACUCACCGUUCCUGAUUGGUACAGGGAGAAUAGACCACAAGGUCAGACCCAAACAAGUACUUAUCGCUACACUAAUGGAGCGGAGCCAGUAGCCACAACUACCACAACCACCACUUCCACUGUAUACAAUAGUGGAGGUAACCAACUAGCUCCACCAGUACCACCACAACCAACAGUUGGAGGGAACAUCGGAUUGCCACGAGGAAUGUUUGAUAGAUAUAAGGAUGAUAUUGAAGAACUCCGUCGUUCACGCUCAUCUCUUCAUCAUGUGUCGCAGGAACCGGCAAACCGACAGGGAUCAACGUUGAGUGUCGGUGGUGUUGUCGACCAAGGACACGCGCUUCCAGGCUACACAGUGUCGGAAGUACCAAAUGCGUGGAACUUGCAGACUAGCCGUACCUCUCGUGUCGUGGAGGUCGCCGACACGUUUGUCGGCACUUCUUCUCAUGAAUACGGAAACUUCACUAACCGUUACGGAGGUCGUGUAACUAUCGAAGAAGUUCUCGACUCUAUUUUCCAAAAAGUUACUCCAACUGACACAAGAAGACACGUUGAUAGAAGCUAUCCACAAGCUGACGAAGUGUUCCAAGGAAACCUCGAUGGCCCUGGUAUAUACACAAACAACUACAGCGUGAUGCGUCAAGUCCUCAAGUCUCCAGAAAGAGCUGAACACAUUCUACAAAACGAGGAGCUGUUUGUCAGAUGUACAGAAUGUCAUAGAACUCGAGAACUCUCCGCUGCCAGACUUUACUUUGUCUCCUGCAAACACUGCUACACUUAUUAUUGCUCUCGUGAAUGCAGGCGUAACAACUGGAUAAGCCACUCCGCUAGAUGUUCCUUUGCUAGAAUCAACACACUCUGCAAGGAUGUCAUCAUGAAAGUCCGAGAAGACGAACAAGCUCAAGCAUUUAUGUCCAAAGUGGCUAGAGAUGGAUUUUCUGCAAGUGGAAGAGGAAGUGUUAACAUCCGCUUGUCAUCUCCACAACUCGCGCAGGCCUACGUGAGUAAUGGAUGGAGAGCACUGACCGGUUAUCCAAAUGAACAACUUCUCUACUAUUACACUGUCAAUGCAUUGAUUGCUGAAAGAAAAGAGCAAUCCCUUAUCGCUCUCUGCAAACGUUACGAGCCGAGAGAGAAAUUCAUCCUCUCCGUCUCGAUCAUCGCCGACAUUGAGCAUUGUCCAGAGACUCCACCACCGGAGACUCGUGAACUGUCAGCUGUUCAAUUCUCUUCUCCCAGAUCGCGCUACGAAGCGAUUCAAAAUCAAAACGCACCAUAUUUCUCUGAAGUUGCCCACAAUGUUUAG